UGCCGCCAAGCCUCCUGUCAAACCCAAGCCCACCGUGCCCCCCAGGCCGAUGUCUGCGAAGCCCCCCCUGGCCGAAUUGCCGUCGGUGCGCAAGGUGAACUCGCUGGCCGGGCCCAGGCCGUACGGUUUCCCCGGGGCCCGGCCUCACCAACCCGUGCGCCGCCCCUCGUCGUCGUCCUCCUGCCCCUCUCCCACCUCCCCCUGCCCCUCGCCCACCUCCCCCGGGGCUCACCCGCCCCUGCUGGAGCUGCUGGCUGAGGCCAUGAGGUCACCCCCACCCUCGGCACCCAGAGGGGCCCGGGCUGCUCCACCCGCCGUCGCCGAGCGCCCGGCGCCGCCCACCGUUGCCGACCAGCCGGGAGCGGCCAGGCCUGUGUUCCGGGUGAGGCCUGUGUCGGUGCGCGGGCCGGGGAAGCGUUUCCCGGGAACCACGGUGGAGGAGAUUCUGGCCAAGAUGGAGGAUCCCCGGCCCGACGGCGGCGUUCCCGGGAUGGGAGUCCGGAAGAGGAGCCGGGACCUGUCCGAGACCGUGGGCUCGCCCCGGUUCGGAUCCACCUCCUUCGCUUUCUUCAACCGGGAGCAGGCUUCGGCCGCUUCGCUAGGCCCCGCCGGCCGGGACGGCAAAGAGAACCGGCCUUCCGUCCCCACGGCGACCGGUGGGUCAGAGGCCGGGGUCCGGGAUGACGGAGCGGGUUCUGGCACCGAGGGAGGGGCCAGCCUGACGGAGCAUCGACAGGAAUCCGGGCAAUCCUCGCCAACGGCAGAAACCACCCGCCUGUCCACGACUGACGGGGAACAGAAUGUGUUGGAGUCAGUGUCCCAGGACCCCGGGGACAUUGGGAUCCAAACAGCGUUGACCUCGAGGGAGCCACCCUAUGACCUCCGACCCCCAGGGUUCCCUGGGGCAGGGGAGUCAGAGGUCAGGGAGAGGGUGUCAGGGGGUGGAGCCAAGAGCCCCCUGCCCCUGCCCCUGUCCCUGUCCCUCCGGAGUGCACAGUGCGAUCCCAGUGUUGAGGAUGACAGCUCCUGUCUGAUACCCCCAGUGCCACCCUCGUCCCCCCCAGGCCCCUUCCAGACCUCCCCCCCUGUCUGCAGUGAACUGAGCCCCAGGCUCUGGGCCCUGAUGGAGCGGGCUCACUCCCACACUACCGCUGAGGGGACACACGAGGGGCACAGCCUCCCAGAGCCCGGGCGUCUGGCCGAGGAGGAGGGACGUCUGGCCGAGGAGGAGGGACGUCUGGCCGAGGAGGAGGGGCGUCUGGCCGAGGAGGAGGGGCGUCUGGCCGAGGAGGAGGGACGUCUGGCCGAGGCACAGCGUCUGGCCAAGGAGGAGUGUCUGGCCAAGGAGGAGAAGUGUCUGGCCGAGGCACAGCGUCUGGGGGAGGAGGAGCGUCUGGGGGAGGAGGAGCGUCUGGCGGAGGAGAGGCGUCUGGCUGAGGAACAGCGUCUGGCCAAGGAGGAGAAGCGUCUGGCCGAGGCACAGCGUCUGGCCAAGGAGGAGCGUCUGGCCAAGGAACAGCAUCUGGCCGAGGAACAGCGUCUGGCCGAGGAGGAGAAGCGUCUGGCCGAGGCACAGCGUCUGGCCGAGGCACAGCGUCUGGCCGAGGAGGAGCGUCUGGCCGAGGAACAGCGUCUGGCCGAGGAGGAGAGGCGUCUGGCCGAGGAACAGCGUCUGGCCGAGGAGAGGCGUCUGGCCGAGGAGAGGCGUCUGGCCGAGGAGAGGCGUCUGGCCGAGGAGAGGCGUCUGGCCGAGGAACAGCGUCUGGCCGAGGAGAGGCGUCUGGCCGAGGAACAGCGUCUGGCCGAGGAACAGCGUCUGGCCGAGGCUCAGCGUCUGGCCGAGGAGGAACGUCUGGCUGAGGAGGAGAGGCAUCUGGCUGAGGAACAGCGUCUGGCCGAGGAGGAACGUCUGGCUGAGGAACAGCGUCUGGCCGAGGAGGAGCGUCUGGCUGAGGAACAGCGUCUGGCCGAGGAGGAACGUCUGGCUGAGGAGGAGGGGCGUCUGGCCAAGGAGGAACGUCUGGCUGAGGAGGAGAGGCGUCUGGCUGAGGAACAGCGUCUGGCCGAGGCACAGCGUCUGGCUGAGGAGGAGAGGCGUCUGGCUGAGGAACAGCGUCUGGCCGAGGCACAGCGUCUGGCCGAGGAGGAACGUCUAGCCGAGGCACAGCGUCUGGCCGAGGAGGAGCGUCUGGCUGAGGAACAGCGUCUGGCUGAGGAACAGCGUCUGGCCGAGGAGGAGAAGCGUCUGGCCGAGGAGGAGAGGCGUCUGGCCGAGGAGAAGCGUCUGGCCGAGACACAGCGUCUGGCCGAGGAGGAGAAGCGUCUGGCCGAGGAACAGCGUCUGGCCGAGGAGAGGCGUCUGGCCGAGGAGAGGCGUCUGGCCGAGGAGAGGCGUCUGGCCGAGGAGAGGCGUCUGGCCGAGGAGAGGCGUCUGGCCGAGGAGGAGCGUCUGGCCGAGGAGAGGCGUCUGGCCGAGGAGGAGCGUCUGGCCGAGGAGGAGCGUCUGGCCGAGGAGAGGCGUCUGGCCGAGGAGAGGCGUCUGGCCGAGGAGGGGCGUCUGGCCGAGGAGGAGCGUCUGGCCGAGGAGAGGCGUCUGGCCGAGGAGAGGCGUCUGGCCGAGGAACAGCGUCUGGCCGAGGAGAGGCGUCUGGCUGAGGAGGAGCGUCUGGCCGAGGAGGAGGUGUCGGUUGGCUGUGAGUCUGAUGUUUCCCGUUCCUCGGACUGGGGCCUCUCUGAGUCCUUCGAGUGGUCAACUCCCAGAUCCCUGGCCCAGGCCCAGGCCCAGGCCCAGGCCCAGGCCCAGGCCCAGGCCCAGGCCCAGGAAGAGAGUUCCUCACAACAGAGUCAUCUCUCAGCGUCUGUCCCAGGACCAAGGCCAGGGGGGCAGGCACAGGCUAUCCAGGAAGGUGGGAGAGAGACAGGCACGGAGACUCCGGGAGAGACACAGGCGGAGACACGGGGAGAGACGCAGACAGAGAGUCGGGAAGAGACAGGCGCGGAGACUCCAGGAGAGAUGCAGACGGAGAGUCCGGGAGAGACAGGCGCGGAGAGUCGGGGAGAGACGGAGACGGAGACACGGGGAGAGACGCAGACGGAGAGUCGGGGAGAGACGCAGACGGAGAGUCGGGGAGAGACGGAGACGGAGACACGGGGAGAGACGCAGACGGAGAGUCGGGGAGAGACGCAGACGGAGAGUCGGGGAGAGACGCAGACAGAGAGUCGGGAAGAGACAGGCACGGAGACUCCAGGAGAGAUGCAGACGGAGAGUCCGGGAGAGACAGGCGCGGAGAGUCCGGGAGAGACGCAGACGGAGACUCCGGGAGAGACAGGCACGGAGACUCCAGGAGAGAUGCAGACGGAGAGUCCGGGAGAGACAGGCGCGGAGAGUCGGGGAGAGACGCAGACGGAGAGUCGGGGAGAGACGGAGACGGAGACACGGGGAGAGACGCAGACGGAGAGUCGGGGAGAGACGCAGACGGAGAGUCGGGGAGAGACGCAGACGGAGAGUCGGGGAGAGACGCAGACGGAGACACGGGGAGAGACGCAGACGGAGACACGGGGAGAGACGCAGACGGAGACACGGGGAGAGACGCAGACGGAGAGUCGGGGAGAGACGCAGACGGAGACACGGGGAGAGACGCAGACGGAGAGUCGGGGAGAGACGCAGACGGAGAGUCGGGGAGAGACGCAGACGGAGACACGGGGAGAGACGCAGACGGAGACACGGGGAGAGACGCAGACGGAGAGUCGGGGAGAGACGCAGACGGAGACACGGGGAGAGACGCAGACGGAGAGUCGGGGAGAGACGGAGACGGAGACACGGGGAGAGACGGAGACGGAGACACGGGGAGAGACGGAGACGGAGACACGGGGAGAGACGCAGACGGAGAGUCGGGGAGAGACGGAGACGGAGAGUCGGGGAGAGACGCAGACGGAGACACGGGGAGAGACGGAGACGGAGAGUCGGGGAGAGACGGAGACGGAGACACGGGGAGAGACGCAGACGGAGACACGGGGAGAGACGCAGACGGAGAGUCGGGGAGAGACGGAGACGGAGACACGGGGAGAGACGCAGACGGAGACACGGGGAGAGACGCAGACGGAGACACGGGGAGAGACGGAGACGGAGAGUCGGGGAGAGACGCAGACGGAGAGUCGGGGAGAGACGCAGACGGAGACACGGGGAGAGACGCAGACGGAGACACGGGGAGAGACGCAGACGGAGACACGGGGAGAGACGCAGACGGAGCGUGCCAGGUUAACAAUGGAUUCUGAGUCGGAUGGUCCUGGAGUGAAGGAACACACCCAGCCGCCAGCGGAGACUGGGAUGUUCUCCAGAUCCUCACCCAGGAGGGAGGGAGGGAGGGUGGGUCACUUGGAUCGGGGCCAGCCGGGGGUGGGAGAUACCGCCUCCCGAUCCUUCUCUACCGAUCGGCCUCCUUUAACUCUACCCCGCGGGGUCUGGGUGGAGGCCGGGGGAGCAGCCGGCCCCGUGGAACCAGCUCUUACUCUCCGGGAACGGCUCCGGCUAUUCCAGCUGGAGCGGGCGGCCCCGCCCACCCAGGGAUAA